CGCGGCCAUGGCGGAGCUGACAGACGCGGAGCUCCGGAAGGAGCUGGUGGCGCUCGGUUACCGGCCGGGGCCCAUCACCGCCACCACCCGCAAGGUCUACUUGAAGAAGCUGGGCUGCCUGCGGGCUGAGGUGGCGGCGGCCCGGCGCAGGGGCCGCGGAGCUCCGCACAGCCCGGCCCGCACCCCCGCCAGGCCGCAGCAGGCCUCGCCCUCGCGGCAGCGCUCCGGCUUCAACCUCAGCUCCACCGGGGCCGCCCGCGACAGUGAGGAGGAGGAGGAGGAAGAGGAGGAGGAGGAGGAAGGGGGGCGGCUGCCAGCGUCCCGCUGGGGGACGUCUGGGGAGGGCGGCGGGGUGGCCUGGGGGGACUCCCGGGGGUCUCCGCCGGGCCGCGGCGGAGGAUUCGGCUCCAGGGCUGAGGGCGGCCCGUCCCGGGAUGGCUUUGGGGGGCUGAGCCCCUCGGCGCAGUGGGGGGCGUCUGUGGAGAGAAGCGGGGCUGCCGGGGCCGGGCUGGGGCUGUCCCUGGGCGGGCUCGGGGGGCUGAGCUCCUCCUCACAGUGGGACGCGUCCAUAGAGAGAAGCGGGGGCCUGAGCCCCACGUCCCAGUGGGACGCGGCUGCAGAGAGAAGCAGGGGGCUCGGCACCGGGCUGGGCACGUCCCUGGAUGGGUUUCGGAGCUCAGGCUCCACGUCCCAUUGGAGUACGCUUACGGAGAGGAGUGAGGAGCUCAGUGCUGGGUCAGAGCCGUCCCUGGAUGGGUUUCGGGGCUCAGGCUCCUCAGCACAGUGGGGCACGUCCACAGAGAGAAGUGGGGGGCUCAGCAGUGGGUUGAGGCCAUCCCUGGAUAGGUUUCGGGAGCUGGAUUCCACAUCCCAGUGGAGCCCAUCCGCAGAGAGAAGUGGGGGGCUCGGCAUCAGGGCUGGGUCAGGGUCAUCCCUGGAUGGGGUUGGGGGGCUGAGCUCCACGUCCUCCUGGGGCUCCUUCACAGGCAGGAGCGGGGGGCUCGGCUCCAAGCCCCUUUCCAGCGAUGAGGGCCUGAAAUCCAGGAGCCAUUGGAGCACGCUGGGAGGAGGAAUUGGGGGCCAGAGCUCCCGAGCUCAGUGGGAGACGGCAGGGGAAAGGAAGGGGCUCUCUAAUAGCUGGUGGAGAAGGGAAAGCGAGGUGACCCCCAGCACCCAUUGGGGCACCUCGUCGGGAAGCUUGAGUCACCGGGUUGGGAGAGGGAAAGAGGACUUGGCUUCUGGAGUGGAGAAGGAGGCAGGCAGCUGGGGAGGGGGGUUGAUGCGGCGGCUCCCAUGGAGGGCUACCACCGAUGCGGGGCUGGCCUCGGGGAGCUGGUGGGACAGGUCGGGAGCAGGACAAGGAGUAACCCCCCGGACUCGCUUGUUGCGGUCAGCCCCGAGGCAGCAGACAGAGGGAAAGGGCAAAGGCCUCGAGUACUACCUCUCCCAGUUCCUUUGCUUCGCCAGCGUCGUGCUGCUGCUCAUUUUUGUGGGCAUCCUCGUGGUGAAGAUGAUGGGGUCAGGCUGGCUUGACAAGAGAGAGGAGAACUUUAAUCUCUUGCCUGUGGAUUGUGACAAAAGAACAGAUGAUUUCUGUCAAGCUAAACAGAAGGAUGUAGUAAUGAACGUGCUGCACGAGUUGUACAACUACUUAUCCGUUCAAGCUGGUAAUUUUGAAUGUGGAAACCCUGAGAAUCUAAAAAGCAAAUGCAUUUGGGUUAGUGAAGCAAAGGAUCAUGUGGUGAACAUAACUGGUAGUUCCCCACAGAAGUUUGAAGCUGCCCUGCACUGGAUACUAAACAGUAACAAGGAUUUAGGAAUAUGGUUGAAAGGCAAAGACCUUUCAGAACAAGUGACCAAAGUGGAGGAAGUGUUCUGUCUUGAAUCAGCCCAUCCUCAGAUGGGCCUUGGCUGCCGUUUCCGUCGGGCAGUGGUCACUGCUAUCAUGAACCUCUUCCUGUUCUUCUGGUGUCUGAUAACUCUUUGGGGGAUCCUGCUCUUCCUUCGGUAUCGCUGGCGGAAGAUGGAGGAAGAGGAACAAGCCAUGUAUGAAAUGGUGAAGAAGAUCAUAGCUGUUGUCCAGGAUCACUAUAAGGAAUGGGAAAGGAAUUUGGAGCGUUACCCCUAUGUUGGAAUUUUCCAUGUUCGGGACAGCCUCAUCCCUCCUCAGAGCAGAAAAAAAAUGAAGCGGGUGUGGGAGAGAGCUGUGGACUUCCUGGCUUCCAAUGAGUCACGGAUUCAGACAGAGUCACACAGGGUAGCGGGAGAGGAUAUGCUGGUGUGGAGAUGGACUCAGCCUUCUUACGUCUCGGAUUCAGAGCACUGAAGAGGAGCAGGAGUUGAGCAACUGUUGAUACGGACCUCGGCAAGGGGACAGUCCCCUCUCUGGUGGUGGGAAAGAGCAGGUCAUGGUCCUGAUCUCCUGGGGUGGGGGAUUGCACGUAGCUGUUUGCUCUUCUUUCUGAAAAUCUUCACACACACAAAUUCAGGGCAAUAAUGUUGGCUUGGAGAGAAGAUGGGCUUGAGAUGAGAAGCUAGAAUUGCACCAAAGUUAGCCUUCCAGCAGAUGUCUGGCUUCCAGGAGCAAGCAAACCUAGACCAACUUGAAAACAAUAUUAAAAAGGCCUAUCUGAUGUCGAGGGACUUGGGAUCUCUCUGACAAAGCCUUGCAAAUUUGACCUCAGUUCUGCAAAGGCCAACUGGUGGCAAUGUCCAUCAGGGAAUGUGUUAAAGAAGGUUAACAUUUCCCAUGGAAACACUAGGGUGGGAGUUCAGCUGCAUUUUGUUAGGAUUUGUUUUUAUCAGUACAAAAGAGUGAGGAAAGCACUUAGUGAGGAAAAUGUGUUGGCUUCACCCUUUAAAAAAUGGGGAAAAGGGGGCAAAAUUAGGUGAAGGUAGUCCUAGAGGGAGGGCAGUCUGACGUGCCUUGGGGGUUUGGGCUGGGUUGGGUGGGCUGGAAGAGUGCUUGUGACCCUGUUACACUUCUUAAGUCUGCAGUCUGUGUGCUUUAUGAUUUCUGGGAGGGGUGGGGGGAAUUUGGGUGGAAAAUAAAGGAUAUAGGAAGCUUCCAAAAGCGCUUUCUUGUGGCUACAGCCAAAGGGGCUGCUUAGUGAGCUAUUAAAGAGCAGCUUUAGAAAGGCUAUUAGGGCUGAAUGUACAUGUUUAUCCUGGGCAGCUGCAAUGUGUGUGCUGUGUGUCAGAGCAGAGACGUACCAGGCGUGCAGCAUGGGGGUGGGAUUGCUGAGUCAGUGUUCCUGCAGCCUCACAGUGGGUACAAGGAGCACUGAUCAAUCCUCUGUUCAUGCUGCAGGCGUCGUAUUUUGUAAUCUAUAAUAAUUUCUUUACUUAAGUUUUUUAUGUCCAGCAAAAGUGUUUGUUUCAAAGAAAAUAGCACCAGUGUGUGGCAGUUUAGGCUAUAGGCAGAGAUACUGCUGAUCUGCUCUUCCCAAUAACUGCAAAAGAGCUCGCCAAGACAGCAGGGACCAGUUUAAUUUCUGGCAUAAGGUGGCAAAACCUGCAGGGAAGCCAGCUCUCAUUUGAGCCUGUGUCACCGUGGAUGUGGUUCUCCUCAGCACACGGGCACUCUCUGAAUGCCCAUGUUCAUCUCUGGCCCUGGAAGUGUGCUCGGCUUCCUCCCCAGGCUCUGGGUUGGCUUAGAACGGCUGCCAAAGCCCUGCUCUAGCGUUGCGGGCUGCUGGUGCCACACACAAGGUGGGUUCCUGGUGCCAGUCCCUGCUCACCUCUGGGUAUGAGGUCUGCUUCGGUGCGUUUCCCACCUGCACACCCCACAGGCUGCUGCUGCAGGGCUGCAGAGACCCCUCGGGUACCACCAAAGCGAGUGGAGGGAGCGGAUCUCUCCAGGAACAAAGCACGGGGAGGUCUUUCCCAUGAAAUAGGAAAUGAUCUGCGUGGAGUUGACUCUGCCCCCGUAUUUUUGUUAUGGUCACAAAGGGAAGGUGUUUGAAUGGAAGAGGAGAUUCCCACUUGUCUUUGAGACAGCGACCAGCGUCUUCCACUGUUAAUAAAAUAGGGACUAAAGCGAAGGCAGUCUUGGUUCUGCUGAAGUGCUGUAACGAGUUCCUCGCUGCUGCCAUGGAAUCCUUGCAAACACCGGUGCCUACGUUCUUAAGCCUUUUUAAAAUGAAUUUGUGGGGUUUGGCUUAGCUUUUUUUUACCCGUCCAAAUCCAGAAGUGAAGAGUCAGGCAUUGCAGUCAUCUUUUUGUAUUCAACUUGGGUUUGUAGAAUAAAUGUCACUGGCUUGGUGCUGUUCGUAUGUUCAGUUUAGCUCUGUAAAUCAAUACAUACAAUAAAUUUAUAACGAAUG